CGUUUCUCAACAAUCCGAUCCAACCUCACUUCGCGACUUCUUCAUCCUCAAAACCCGAGACUCGACGACUGGACGCCAAAAUUUAAGUGCAACUACACCGUUCCAGACACUAAGUAUUCCUAUACCACUUCCUGGUAAAACCCCUGAACGAAAACUCGACACCGAGUAACACGUCCCGUUGUAAGUGCUCCAGAGAACGAAGCUUUCGCUCCGGUUUUUUGGUUAGAAUUUCGCGCUCAAGGAAGACAGCACUUUAUCGAUCGACGGCAUUCGACGCUGAUCUUGUGUCUCUCUCUCUUGUCGUCGCGUCGUUCCGAAGCCGCGUGUGUUGUGUCUGUUCGGUGCUCUGCUCAUAGUCGGGUCCGCAUCUUUUGCUUGCAGACUAAACGAGUGUGUUUUAACGAGCCGUUGUUGUUGAGGACACGCGCGGUUCACAAUGGUCAAAAUGGUGCGAGGCAGAGGAGGUAUUAUCAGGGGUAGAGGAAUGGGCCGUGGGAUGGGCUUCUUGCCCAAGAGGCAGUUCAUGCCCCGUCAUCCGUUCGACUUGACUUUGUGCGAGGCUGCCUUUCCCAGAGUCAAGCCAGCACCCGAUGAGGCUGACUUUACAGCUGCAUUACUUAAGAAGAACCAGGAUAUGUGUCCCACUCCUAAAGAGCAGACCUCUAUUCUGAAUCUAGUUACCAAACUCCAAAGUGUUUUGGACAACCUGAUCGUGGCUCCUGGUACAUUUGAAGCUUGUCAAUUGGAGGAGGUUCGCCAAGUAGGCAGUUUCAAAAUGGGAACAAUGAUCAAGGGCCACAAUGUUGCAGACAUCGUUGUGAUUCUUAAAACUCUACCCACCAAAACAGCGGUCGAAGCUCUGGGCAAUAAAGUACAAACAGAUCUUAAGGCACAAGCACCAAAAGAGGCUCUGAGAUUAACCCAAACAGAGAGAGGGUUUGACAUUACCAAUAAUGAAGCCACAGUUCGUGUCUUGAUCACCACACUCCACCAAAACCUCAGGAAGCUGGAGCCUGAUCAGCACUUAGACAUCAAGAUCUGCCAAGGACAUUUGGCAGCAAUCAGACAUUCGCGUUGGUUUGAAGAGAACGCUCAUCAUUCCAGUAUCAAAGUCCUCAUUCGUUUGUUGAGAGAUUUGAGAACCAGAUUCGAAGGUUUGGAACCUUUGACCCCAUGGAUGCUCAAUGUUCUCGCUCACAACGCCAUAAUGAAUAACCCAAGCAGACAAGCUCUACCAAUUAACCAUGCAUACAAACGAGUUCUCCAACUUUUAUCUUCGGGACUUUUCCUACCAGGAUCAGCUGGUAUUUCCGACCCAUGCGAAGGCGGCAGCAUUCGCGUGCACACAGCCAUGAGCUUGGAGCAGCAGGAUCUGGUAUGCUUGACAGCUCAAACACUACUACGAGUUUUGGCUCACGGAGGAUACAGACCACUGCUGGAAGGAGGUAACAAAUUGGCAGUUGAAAUGAGUGUCUGGUCGGGUGGUGUAGUGGCGAGUCCAUUGGAAAAAGCAUACGAGCCGCCGACAGAACAAGAGCAGCAAGAAGACAUGGACGAGAGCAACGAAGAAAUGAUUGCCGAAAGUGCGUAAGUUUAAGACUGGAUAAAAUUGUAUCGUGAAAAGAUCUUGGCUACUACAAAUUUGUACAAUUUCAUUUUGAAGUUUUGACACUUAUCAGUAUAAACGUCGCGAUAGACUCGUGUAUAACUUUAUUUAAUUAAAAGUGAACAAAGUGUGAAGAGAAAUUUUUAUGUUUCAUGAAUGAAAUAAAGUAAUGUAUGUGUAUGAUUUUUUCUGCUGAUAAUUGUUCUGAUAAAAUACUGUAAUAUCUAAAACUAAUUUAAAAUAAAAUCAAAUCAUGUAUUAAACAUAA